CUAUUGCAGUGCCAGUGUGCGCGCGCGUGUGUGUAUAGUCUAUGAGGGCUGGACCUGCCCUCCUGGCUUUCGAACCGCUAGUCUUCACUUCCCCCAUUUUACACGAUUAGCAUCAAUCUACUGCAACAAGGAAAGACAAGAUUCAUUUGUAAAUCGGUGUAUGAAUCCUGUUGGAGGGAUAUCUGCAACCAUAAACGCCAACAGGCUGCGAGCAGAAGGCAUGGGCUCCUACGAGCAGGCGGUACAAUUCUCCAACCAGGACUACGAGUCACUAAAGCAGCAGUGCGUUGAGUCGGGCUGCCUUUUUGAAGACCCCUGUUUCCCUGCUGAGCCCCAAUCGCUCGGCUUCAAGGAGCUCGCUCCCUACUCUGCAAAAACCAGAGAUGUUGAGUGGAUGAGACCUACGGAACUGGUGAAUCAGCCUCAGUUCAUUGUUGGUGGUGCCACCAGGACGGACAUCUGUCAAGGAGCACUGGGGGACUGCUGGCUCUUGGCAGCCAUUGCUUCUCUCACUUUGAAUGAGAAGUUGCUUCAUCGUGUUGUCCCACAUGGGCAGUCCUUCGAAGAUAGCUAUGCUGGAAUUUUUCACUUUCAGUUCUGGCAGUUUGGCGAAUGGGUAGAUGUCGUCAUUGAUGACCGACUUCCUGUCAAUGAUGGCGAGCUGAUGUUUGUGCAUUCUGCUGAGGGCAAUGAAUUCUGGAGUGCACUGCUGGAGAAGGCUUAUGCUAAGCUGAAUGGCACCUACGAAGCUCUGUCCGGAGGAAGUACCACUGAAGGUUUUGAGGACUUCACAGGUGGCGUUUCGGAGUCUUACGAACUCAGCAAAGCUCCCAGAGAUCUGUAUAAGAUUAUCAGCAAAGCGCUGGAUAGAGGCUCCCUGCUAGGCUGCUCCAUUGAUAUUACCAGCGCCUUCGACAUGGAGGCUGUAACAUUCAAGAAGCUGGUGAAGGGCCAUGCCUAUUCAGUCACUGGGCUGAAGCAGCUGGAUUACCGUGGCAGACUGGAGCGUUUAAUCCGAAUUCGUAAUCCUUGGGGCCAAGUGGAGUGGACCGGUGCCUGGAGUGACAAUUCUUCGGAAUGGGACCAAGUUGAUCCGUCUGAACGGGAUGAAGUGCAUCUGCAGAUGGAAGAUGGAGAGUUCUGGAUGGCCUUCAGUGAGUUCCUCAGGCAGUUUUCCCGACUUGAAAUCUGCAACCUGACCGCCGACGCGUUGAAAGAGGACGCGCUCAGCCACUGGAACACCAUCAAGUUUCAUGGCACAUGGCGGAGGGGCAGCACAGCUGGAGGCUGCAGGAACAAUCCCAACACGUUCUGGAUCAACCCUCAGUAUAAGAUCACAUUAAUGGAGGAGGAUGAUGACCCAGACGAUGAUGAGGUAGCCUGUAGUUUCUUGGUGGCGCUGAUGCAGAAGGAUCGGCGCAGACAUCGCCGGCACGGUCAGGAUAUGCACACCAUCGGCUUUGCGUUGUAUGAGAUCCCAGAGGAGUUUAAAGGCUGCCAGAAUGUUCACCUGAAGAAGAAUUUCUUUCUGACCAAUCAAUCGUGCGCUCGUUCUGAGACUUUCAUAAAUCUGCGAGAAGUGAGCACACGGCUCCGUCUACCUCCUGGAGAGUACCUCAUCGUCCCCUCCACCUUUGAGUCCGGUAAAGAGGCUGACUUUGUCCUUCGCGUCUUCACUGAGAAGCAGUCAGAAACAGAAGAACUGGAUGAUGAAAUAUCGGCCGAUUUAGGAGAAGAGGAAGAAUUAACGGAAGAUGACAUUGAUGAUUCUUUCAAGUCCAUGUUUGCUCAACUAGCAGGAGAGGACAUGGAGAUUUCCAUUCGGGAGCUGAAGACCGUUCUGAACAGAGUCGUCUCGCGCCAUCAAGAUUUGAAGACGGAUGGCUUCAGUUUGGAAUCUUGCAGAACCAUGGUCAACCUCAUGGAUAAGGAUGGAAGUGCUCGUCUCGGUGUGGUGGAGUUCCAGAUCCUUUGGAAUAAGAUCCGAAAGUGGCUGCUUGUUUUUAGACAGUUUGACCUUGACAAGUCAGGGGCCAUGAGUUCCUAUGAGAUGCGUCUUGCUGUGGAGGCAGCAGGUUUUAAACUAAACAACAGACUGAACGAGGUUCUGGUGGCCCGGUAUGCGGAGAAUGAGAUGAUUGACUUUGAUAACUUUAUCUGCUGCUUGGUCAAGCUUGAGUCCAUGUUUAGGUCUUUCAUGCAGUUUGACAAAGAGUCAUCAGGAGUGGCUGAAUUGACUCUCAUAGAAUGGCUUUACCUGACCAUGUGUGGUUGAAGAGGACCAUAUCGAGUGAGGGAUGGCAGCAGCCUGCAGACUGCCAUGAUUGUUUUAACGCGUAGCCUUGAUAAUCCAGUAACGGUUUCCCACCCGAGUGUACCCAAAGUAGCAAAACUGUAUACACACACACACGGAUAAUAAAAGUGCAUCCAGGCCAAGUGUCCUGUAUUAAAAAGUUGUAAAACUAUGCAAACCUCAAGUAUGCAGCUAUCACUCCUGCAUGAGUAUGUGUGUAACCACAGAAUGUAAAGUUUGUUGCAUGGUGAUAUUUCAAUAUUUUAGGGUGGCUGCCUUUAAUGGUCCUAACUACAGUAUUUUGCAACAAAAACACAUUUGUUAUGUUAGUGCUUUAAAAUUGGGUUUUUACUAAUCAGAUUUACAGUUUGUUUUCCACCUUAUUUUUCUUGGUAUUUUUAAACUGAAAGUUCGACUUAAAUUUUGCAUUUAAAAAACAUUUAUAUUGUCUUGCUAGAAAUAAAGAUCAGAUAUAUGUGGGGUUUCAUCCCAAGGUUUUACUUUGCACUAAGAUUUUAGUUGUAGGGAACUGCUAGCAAAAAUGCCUCACAUUGAGAAACACUGUCGCUAACAUUUACAGGGAUCAUGAUAUUGGACUGCCUUAUUCAUGUCAUUAGCUAAAUUAAAAUGUGCCAGUUUUGUGUUGUGCCUUAAAUAACAUAACUAUAAAUAAAUAAUGCCAUUAACCUCCAA